CCUCCUGCCCCCGGUCACCCUGGCUUGGACAGUCUGGCACUGAGGCAAAAUACAAAGGGGUUGAAUUUGAAAAGAGAAAAAACCUAGAGCCAGAGCACCUCUCUUCCCAGCUGCCCGUCACAGCACCCAUAUGGGAAAAACUGGACAACUUCCACACUGCUGCUCCCUGUUACGCUGGUGGGUCCCCACAGAGACAGUCACUGGCACUGCCAGAAAGGAGCCUGGGAGAGGAUGCAUGCAGGUAGCGGCUUGGAGAAGAGGCCUGUUUGUUACAGAUUUGGGAAUCUUUAUCUUGGGAGCAGUUAAGUGUGUAGAUGGAAGGAGUUAAACAUGCCAGAGCAAGUUAGGAACCAGAAUUAAUUUUACCAAAAACUGAAAGCUCUGAGCAAGCCUGGCUCCAUGUUACUAGCACAGAAACUGUCCCUAAAGAAACCCUUCCUUUACGUUAAAAGAAGGUCAGGAUGAAGACUCAGAAGGAGAUAGUAAAUUUGAUGUUAUCUAGAGACAUUUCAGAGGUGCCAAUUUCAAUAACUCACCAAGAACAGACAAACAACUUGGUAGAAAUGCUGUGAAGAUUAAGUGUUGACUUUCUUAACAUCUCUGCCUACAGUGAGCUCUAUCCAAUGUGGAAGAAAGCUCCUGUAAUUAAAUCCAAAAGGACUGCAUAAUCUAGAAUAAUAUCUACAGCCUUUUGUGUCAGUGGCAUGGGGGUGUCUUUGGGCAAAUACACUGGGACAAAUCUCAUUGCAGAAAUUUCCUGCAGACCUUCAUAAUGGUGCUAAGCGGAUCCUCCUCCCCCUUCUGUUUUGCUCAUCUAUGAUGUACUCAUGGUAAGCUGAAAAGGCCUUGCUUAGUGCCACUAUAUAGUGGCACAUGUAAAAGGUAUAUAACAACAUAUGUACUUCUAUAAUAUCCUCUCUAAAAUCCUUCAAGUUUUAAAUUUAGUUCAAAAAGCAAAUUUCUUCUGAGUCAUAAGUCCUAGUUUCAACUUGAAUAUGGGCCACACUUUAAAACCAGUUUAGGUUUAACUAGGUCCCCACUGCAUCUCUGAGGCAGGCUAAGCACAGUAUGUUAUGCCUACUGACAUGGUAACCACUGCACUUGUGCUGUUCAGGAUGGGGCAUGAAUUUUAAAUAUCAGGACCAGAUUCCCCUGAGUUGUGUACCUUAAGUUGUCAUUUUCUCCUAUAAAACCAGUUGUAAAAUACUCCCCUUCUGGUUUCCAUGUCUCUACCCUAGUCUGUACAGGUGAAGAUGAUGCAAGACAUGCAAAAAAAGCCUCAAAGCAAACAGGACCCUGCACAGGAGGACGCUCUCCUUCAGUUAUAGCAAGGCAGGAGUCUGAAUUCCUCCUUAAAUCUGGUCCAGUACAGAGUCAAGCCCUAGAAGAGAGGAAAUUGUGCUUGACAGAUGCAAUCAUAUGCAAAUGGCUGUAGAAGAGGGGAAAUUAUCAUCUACAAACAUUGGGCAGAAAUUCCAUCUGCCGCCACCUCAAGAAGGCCUCUUAAUAAAUUCUGAGACAGCAAAGUGACACACAUCUUAAUCAAGACUUAAUCCAUGGAAUUAAUUCACUGCGCGUUUCUGCAUAAUUCCAAGAGAAAUGCUAAAAGCCAUGGCAGUAUCAGCAGCAGAUGGACUCCCCCUACUUCAUGCAAAGGUAUUAAAGAAAACACAGCCCCUGUCACAUCACUUCGUGUACAUACACAUGGCAAAAAGCAACAGGGCUGUGCCCUGCUGCUGCCAGGAGCUUACGCAGUCUGCAGACAUCAAAGGUCAGGCUUGCAAUGAAGUGGAAAUGGAAACCAGCCUCAUGGCAAAUAUGGAGCCCCUGCCACUUCUCCCCAAGAGGAGAUGAAAAGCUUGAAGCGAGGCAAGGGUCCGCGAAAUCGGCACCAGGUUUGCUCUUUAGACGCGGCUUUUCAGAGAGAUCUGACUGAGACCAGUGUCAGGACAGAUUUGUCGGUACUGGGGAAGGACAGGGGAUGGAGGUCAGGUGAAGGGGAGAACUGAAGGAGUACUAGAAAGUGAGAAAAAACUACUAGGGGGGAGGUUGUAACCAAGAUCUGCUGCACAAACCAGGGAAGGACAGCCAUUAGUUCCUGCCCUCUCGUCAUGGCCUUGCAAACACUUUGCAGGUAUGGGGUCAGUUUUGUCCAGGCCCUCAGCAGCAGCUCUCCUCGAGUUGACAGGAGAUCUUAGACAGCUCUGAAAAUACAUUCUUAGUCACUGUCAUCCAUCUCCAAAGGAGGUGCAUCAGCUAUGUUAUUGAUCUCUUGUUUACAUAUUUAACGCUAGCACAGUCCAGACAAAAUGCUUCCUUCAGAAGGCUCAGUCCCUGACACACAUGCAUUUGAGGGGUCCAUGCAACCUUUUUAAAAUGAGAACUCAAUCUUCACAGGUGACCUCAACUUGUAAUUUGCAAAUCCCAAAUGCCUCAUCCAAGCAGCCCUAGGCCUGGAGGCCCCAGAUCCCUGCAAGACAUUGCGUCCAUUGCUACUACGUUUUAGAGCAACAGGCUCCCUAGCUGGGAAAAGAGAGAUGUUAGCUUGGGUGACAGGAGACUGAGAAACUGCUGUGCCCAACUGAUCCUCCCCAAAGCUGCCAACUUUCAGAAACUAUCAAACCUGUGUGUGCAUACACGACAAUACAUCGUACUGCAUGCAGUUGGAUCACAAGCUGACACGGACUUCAGGGGAAAUACAGGGCCAGCUCACCUCUCCGAGGGGAUGUGGGGGGGAGGCUCAUAACACCUCAUGCCUCAUACCUACCUCUCUCUGAGCUUCCAACAUUGCUCUGAAUGGAGCAGCUCUCAGCUAAGCUCUUCUCAAGAAUAUAGUCACAGACAGAGGGUUCAGGUGCCCCCGAGUGAAAACAUGGCAAGAAUAAUUUAUCCAGAGAUAGAGAGAUAUGGAAAAAGGUGAUAGAGGACUCCCAAGGGUGCCUGCAGAUCCAGGGAGCAGCACCACCAGCUCUCCCAACUUGGAUGCUUUCAGCGAGGAGCUGCUGCUUUGGCCAAGCUUACUUGUCCCCAGACACCCAAGGGUGCAUAAUGCGAUUCCUGUGUUAAUUCAGGCUCUGAUGGUCCUCCUGGCCAAAGGGAAUGGUGUUCACUUGCACGGAUCUAGGUCUCCGCUCGUGGCACUGUUUGUACAUGCAGGCAUGCCUCCCUAUUGCUGCCACGCACGGGAAUGGUUUUCUUUCAGGUGUGUGCAUGCGUGUCUGCGUUUCCAGUCUUCGGAUUGCCUUUGCGUGUUAAACAUUAGUCAUACUUGACCAGCUUGUUGAGAAGUGAAGGAGAAAGGAGAGAGAAGGUAGGGCAGGGAAGAUGGGGAGAGCGGGAUGUCUGGGGAAGGUGCUAACAGCACUUGGCUGGCCCAGAACUACUUCCUCAGCUCUCUGUUACACAGUAUGCUCCCAGCGUUGCUAUUUCAGUCUGAAUGUCACCUAUAAAUUGGAGGCUCUUUCUCUGAAGGCUGCAAAUAGAAGUGCCACUAGAUGAUAUUUGAUUUAUAGGGAGGCUAAGCAGAAAGCCUGGCAUGCCCAUUUUCCAGCCAGGAAACUCAGAGGAGUCCAAGGAUCACACAGGGAGCCUUUGCUUUUCCUAGACCUUUCCUCAAGGGUUGGCAAGUCCCUCCCAGAAGGGGUGAGAAGAGGUCACCAACAGAGAUUCGUCUCCUUAAUCACCCUGUGGCUGCUUUUUCAGAUUCCACCUCCUCCGUCACUCCUUCCUGCCUCAUGGAUUUCAACCUGCUGGCGGACUCGGAGGCUCGCAGCCCGGCCUUGUCUCUCUCCGACUCCGGGACCCCCCAACACGAGCACAGCUGCAAAGGGCAGGACCACAGUGACACAGAGAAGUCCCAGCAAAACCAGACAGACGACUCCAACGCCGAGGACAGCUCGCUCAAGAAGAAGCAGCGGAGGCAGAGGACUCACUUUACCAGCCAGCAGCUCCAGGAGCUGGAAGCCACUUUCCAGAGAAAUCGCUACCCAGACAUGAGUACCAGGGAGGAGAUCGCAGUCUGGACCAACCUGACGGAGGCACGAGUUCGGGUCUGGUUUAAAAAUCGCAGAGCUAAGUGGAGGAAACGGGAGAGAAACCAGCAGGCUGAACUGUGCAAGAACAGCUUUGGAGCACAGUUCAAUGGACUGAUGCAGCCUUAUGACGACAUGUAUUCUAGCUAUUCCUACAACAACUGGGCCACCAAGGGGCUUGCCACCAGCCCCCUCUCAGCCAAGAGCUUCCCUUUCUUCAACUCCAUGAAUGUCAGUCCUCUCUCCUCCCAGCCAAUGUUCUCCCCACCCAGCUCCAUCGCCUCCAUGACCAUGCCUUCUUCCAUGGUCCCUUCGGCAGUGACCGGAGUACCGGGCUCCAGCCUCAACAACCUGGGAAACAUCAACAACCUGAACAGCCCAAGCCUCAACUCCGCCGUUUCAUCCAGUGCCUGUCCUUACGCCUCGACGGCCAGCCCCUACAUGUACAGGGACACAUGCAACUCCAGCCUGGCCAGCCUGAGGCUGAAGGCAAAGCAGCAUGCUAACUUCACCUACCCAGCGGUGCAGACAGCAGCUUCCAAUCUGAGCCCUUGCCAGUAUGCCGUGGACAGACCUGUAUGAAGGGCUGCCCUCCACCAACCGGGGACUUGACCUUAGCCUGACAAAAGGAGAUCUUCAGCCCUACAACAGCAUACAUCCUGCAGAGAAUGAGAGUGAAAGAGAGUGAAAGAGAGGAAGAGUGAAAACGAGAGAAAAAGAGGCAAGCAGGCAGAUGGACCUCUAUGAAGAUUUGUCUAACUAUCGUAUGGUGAAUUUUGACUGUCUUUCCCCUUCCAAACCCCUUCCCCUCUUGCCCACCAAACCUCCUCCCUCUUGGUAAAGAAACCAAAACAGUCUACUGGAAUCCUUGUGGGGAAAUAGGAGCCCCUGACGUGCGAGGUGCCUGACCCACGGCAGCAAACCUGAGCAUAUUUCAGUCUGACCCUCCAGCCCUCCAGGUGUGAGAGCUCCCCACUCCCUUCCCUGGGGACAAGGGGGCCUGGGAAAAGUAAGCAGCCAGACAUUGCAGUUAUAGGGAACAGCCAGGGACAGGGUAAUAUUGUGCUGCUACUCAAUGCUUGGUUGACCCCUUCUCCUCACACGUGUGAAGUUGUUGGAUUUUAGGUAAAGACAACUUGCUCAUUUAUUUGUCACACAGCCAAUCCUGCAGCCAGUAAGGACCGUGCUGCCUCAGUUGAUUGGCACAUCUCUUUAUAACGCAUAUAUACGCAUGGCCAUUAAGACUUGAAGCCUUUAGGGACUGGGAGUUGUAAGGAUAUAGAAUAUGUGUGUGUAUAUAUUUUAUAUAUAUACAAAUACAUAUAUAGACAUAUAUAUUAAAUAUGCUUUUUUGUUUUGUACAUGGAAUAACCUAUGAAGUAGACCUUAAAACCAAAAACCCCAUAAAACAAGCAUGUCCACCAAGGCGGUGAUCUGCCUGUCAUGCUUUACUGCUUCAGUCAUUUCCAGUCAGAUAGGAAUUCCUUUGCCUGUGUACAUCCAAAGCACUGCCUUUUGCGACGAUCAGCUCCCACUUGCACAAUCCUCCCCUUCCCCUUCCCCAAAUCCCAUUUCAAAAAAGAAAAU